GGGGUUCGAACCCAGGACCUCAUUGUUCACACACAAGAGGUCGCACCGCUUGGUGUCCUCUUGGGGACAUUCACUCAUUCAUUUAAGAUUUAUAAUUAUUUUUUAUUUAUUUUUAAAACUUUAAAGUAAUAAUUAAUUUAAAGUUUAUAUUAUAUAUUUUUUUUAUAAUUUCAAUGUUUAGUAAAAAAUAUUAAUUUAGAAUUCAUUAUAUAAUAACAUUUUAUUUUUAAAAAUAAAUAAUUAUAAAAUAGUGAAAUUAAUAACAGGACAUAAUACAUCAUAAAUUACACAAUAUGGCAUCAUAAAAAUAAACAGUCUGUGAAUACACCAAGUAUAUUUAAAUUUUGAUUUUUAACUAACGCCAUUUUUGGGUGAUUAAUAUAUGCAUUUUUAAUAAUUUGGAAUUUGAUCUUUCGGCAAUAACUAAUCAUAUGUAGACACUAGAAUUUUACUAUAUGGCAUUUCAGUUGAUAAUAUAUCUUUUUAUAUAAAACCCUAUAACUCUUCUAAUCUAAGAACUCAUGCACACUGAGUCACUCAACAUAACACAGACGCACCGCCCUCCAACCGUCCGUCCAGCCGUCGGCAGCCACCCACAGGGAAGAAGAAAAAGGGAUUGUUGUUGUAUUUUUUUUUUCGAUUUAAGUUGGGAAAAUGGAAUAAAAUGCCGAACCGAAAUAACCAAAGCGGUUAUCGGUUUACUAAUACGGUUCGCUAUCGGUUUGGGUUGGGGUUCGAGUAGCCGGGUAGAACUAGAAGUGAAGGUGUUAGAAAUUAAAGGAUUAUCCGUAUAAAUUUAGCGGCCUAUCUUCCACCCACAGCUCAGGAGAAGCAAGAUAUCCAUCAAUGGCGUCUGCUUCAACGUUUAGCCUCUCUUCUCUACGUGCCGCUCUCCCCUCCCCUCCUUCUAUUUGCUUUCCUAACGGGCCCUCUUCUUCAAAGCUCAGACUCUCUCGCCCUAAGCCCGGCCCGAGGCCGCUCAACUCCUUUGUCGGUCUCGCUCCCUUGCACCCCAUCUUCUCUUCUCCAGAUUCAUUCAGUUUUGAGUUCUGUUUUCCCACACUCGACAAUGGUGGGCGUUUCUUUGCCAUGAGACACGGGAGGAAGGUGCCCAAGCUUAACCGGCCUCCCGACCAGCGUAAGGCUCUUCUACGGGGCUUGACCACCCAGCUUCUCAAGUAUGGUCGCAUAAAGACCACCCGAGCCAGGGCUAGUGCUAUGAGGAAGUAUGUCGACAAGAUGGUCACACUGGCUAAGGACGGCACCCUACACAAGAGACGACAGGCCCUUGGUUUCGUCUACGAGAAGCAAAUUGUCCAUGCCCUAUUUGCUGAGGUCGGGGAGAGAUACGGGGACAGAGAAGGAGGGUAUACUAGGAUAAUCAGGACUCUACCAAGGCGCGGGGAUAAUGCUCCUAUGGCUUACAUUGAACUGGUCUAAGUCUAUGUUCUCUAACAUUGCUAGAGAGAUUUUUGUAGCAAAACCUUCCUUUGUGUCCAUAUUAUGUAAGAUUGAGAGCUUUCCUCUAUCCUUCAUUCGAAUCAAAUAUGAUGUCUUUUGCUUA